AUAAUCAUCGUAUCAAUCAUCGAUUAUUAAUUCCUGAAUCAGAAUCAAAUUAUGUAAAUCUGGAAUCAAAAAUGAUGCCAUUAUCGACAUCUGGUGGUCAAUAUUUGAACAUUAUUAAUAAUAAUUCAGAUUAUGUAAAUUUAAUAAUGCCAAGAAAUUCAUUAUCAUCAUCAUCAUCAUCUGCGGCAGCAGCGAAUAUUCAAUCGCAAAAUCAUAUUUAUCAGAAUUCACAGAAUUUACUUUCAUCAAUAAAACAGGUAACAACAUCAAUAUCACCACCAAUGAGACGAUCGCAACCACCAAAAACAUGGUAUGAAACGGAUUUAGAUUUUCAUCAUCAUCAAAUGAAAUUUUCAAAACCGCAACAACAACAACAACAAUCAUCAUCAUCAUCAAUUUAUAAACCAAUCAUAAGGCCAUCAAAUGAUCUAGUCUUUAAUAAUUUUAUCAAAAAUGAAAAUUGUGAUGAUGAAAAUUCAUCGAAAACAAUUUAUCAUCCAAUACAUUUAGUGACAACAACAAUGACCGAUGAUAAUGAUGAUGAAAAAAAUGAAAAUGAUAAUCAACAUCAACAACAACAACAAUUAUCAUCAAUGAUGAAUAAUAAAUUAAAUUUAAAUUCACCAACUGCACCAUCGAAUGAUAUAACCAAAUCAUCAUCAUUAAUGCUUAAUCAUCAUAAUAAUCAUAAACAACAACAACAACAACAACAGCCGGAACAUGGAUCAAUAUGUUUAUAUUCGAAUUUACCAUUGCCACAACAACAACAACAACAGCAACAACCACCGCCACUACCACCAACGAAUCAAUUAUCAAGAAUUUCAAAUGGAAUCAUCGAUCAUGGUUCAUCAUCAUCAUCAUCAUCCUCGUCAUCAUCAUCGACAAUAAACGAUAAUGAAAUAACAACAACAACGAUAAAAACAUUACCACGUCCAGUACAGGCAUUAUCACCAAUUUGUACUGUUGCAUUUAUACCGGCCAUUUCACCACAACAACAACAUGAUGUAAUGAUUACGACAAUGGCAAAUUCAUCAAAUACGGAUAUUUCGAAAUCAACAGCAGCAACUACAACAACAACAACAUCCACCACCACCACCAACAACAACAACAACAUCACUGAAAUACCAAUAACAUCGACAUGCAAAGGUAAUAUUGUUGAAGUUGAUGUUGUUACUGUUGGUCAUUUUCAACCUGGUUAUGAAGAAACAAAACCAUUUACAAUGUCUGAUUUUUAUAAAUAUAGUCAACGUUAUCGUCAAUCACAACAGCAAAAACAUCAACAACAACCACAACAACAACCACACCAACAACAACAACAACAACAACCACAACAAUAUGAUAAUGUAUCAAUCGAUGAUAAUCAUGUGGAAAAUUCAAUUACCAAUCAAUCAUCUACAAUCAAUAAUAAUGAUGAUAAUAAUAAUAAUGUUGUAACCACGAUGGUGUAUUCUUAA